AUGAUGGUCGAUUAUACCAUGUACACGGUGGGUUUUCUCUCAAGAUCGCCCCUCGCGACCUCGCUAACACAGGCACUAGGCAGUAUGAAUGCUGUGCCGACUCUGGCCGCUCUCGGUCUUCCCCCAGAUGGUGAGCCAGAUGAUACCCACGACAAAGCAUUUGAAAGGAUCCAGAAGAAAGUGUUCGAGCAUGAUGCGGCCGAACUGGAUGAGCUCAUGAACGAGAAGUAUCGCCAGGCAGGUACCAUGCGUACACUGUCGAUGAGUAUUUCUCUACUGAGAGCGGCAAAGCCAACGUCAGUAUUGGUCUGCAUGGGUUGUCCCAGGUCCCUGGUUCGACGCAGUCACCCUCUUGGUGGCCUGAGAAUAGCGGCCUGCCUUCAUCACCCAAGCGUCCUUUGGCUGGUCUGA